AUGGUCUUACAGACAUUGAAAAUCUUGUGGUUUUUCUUGUUGACUGCUACUGGAUCGUCCAUACAAGAGGGAGUGAUGCGGACACGACCGAUUUUACUCGUCCCAGGUUUUGCAUCGUCUCAACUCGAAUCCUGGAGCUCUCAUCGUUGCAAGACGAGCUUUCAUAAUAAUCUGUAUCGAGAGAUUAAAUUUGGGGAUCGCAUGUGGAUCGAUGUCGCACGAGUGCUGGCACAAACCGAGUGCUGGAUCAAUUGCAUGAAGCUCGACCAUAUAACGCAGGACGAAGUUGAGUGUAAAUUACGAGCUGCACAAGGCCUGGAAGCGAUUUCGGAGCUAGACCCGGGAAUUGUCACAGGACCUUUGUCUACAGUGUGGCGCAAUAUUAUUCAUGAUUUGGUCGAUCAUUUUGAACUCGAUCCGGAACAACUACUUGUUGCCACAUAUGACUGGAGACUGCCACCUAGCAAGUUACAACAACGUGACAAGUACUUUGGCUCGCUCAAGAAGAAGAUUGAAACUACGGUCGAGCUUGAUGGAGACAAUGGUGGACUUGUUGUGAUUGCUCACUCGAUGGGUAAUAGCGUUUUCCGCUACUUCCUCGAGUGGCUGAAAGAUGAGGUGGGCCGCAAUAACUGGCACAAGUGGAUCGACCACCACAUCUCUGCCUACUUUGCGGUUGGUUCGCCGUUACUAGGAAGUGCUGAAUCACUCGAGUUGAUAUCUUCCGGUCUUACGGAAGGACUUCCGAUGACACAGAGCGAGAUGCGCAAGCUCGUGGUUUCAUUUGGCUCGAUCUUAAGCUUUAUGCCGAUACCUUCUGGAUUGAAUUCGUCCAAGGACAAUGAAGUACUCAUUGCUGUGCGCUCGCAACAGGGACUGGGAGACUACCAGGUGCAGCUUCGAAACUACACCAGCGCCGACAUUGCCACAGGUCGACUUUUUCGCGACAUGGCCGCGCACGAUCCGAUCUUCGGCAAGUUGGAGGCAAUGCGCCAAAAGUUUUAUGCGCAAGACUCCAUCCUUGAUUUCUAUAAACCCUGGGAGCGUCCUCCCAUUGCUUCAGUCUACAGUGUUUACGGCGUUAAUGUUCCGACGAAGAACUUUUACGAGUACGAAAACGCAAACACGCCAGGCCAUUGGUACCAGGUGCAGUACAUGAAUGAAGAAGGCCAGGAUCCAACUUGUACCAAAAUAGGUGAUGGCACCGUGAGUUAUCAUUCGCUCUCCUGGGCACACACGUGGCUGGGCUCAAAAGGUUCAUCCGUGCGAGUCACUCAGACUCCACAGUCUGUUUAUUUUUCAGCUGAAAACAUCACGCGGGUGCGAGCUGUACGACAUGCAAGCACUCACCACGCGGAGUAUUCGCUGCUGAACGGCGAUUCAUCAAUUUGUGAGGCUGACACGGAUUCGUCUUCAUCAAAUCGUGGCGCUACGACGAGCUUCUUCGCAGGGCUCUUUGGACCGCUCAAUCGCGACAGGAUCACUUUUUUCGACAGCUCCAAAGAAGUGAAUGAAGCAACUUUCUCGACUGGUGUGUGGGAAAUCGAUGGUGUUAGCCAUCGCGACAUUCUAUCCAAUCCGGCAUUUCUUCGCGAGUUACGCGCCGAGUUGCGUCACAUCUUCAAUGGCAAAACUAACUCGGACAAGUCGUCUCGUCCGCCGAUCAUUGACGGUGAUUGCUACUGGAACUACCGUCGUGCUCACUGUGAAUUCCAGGAAUUCUGUGAAUACCGAUAUGUCUUUGGUGAUAUGACCUUUGACCAAUCUUGCCGUAUUCGCUUGAAAGAAGGUCUUCCUGCACCAUUACACUCAACCACUUUCUUGGGGGGUGUCUCGGCAUUAUCUUUGAGUCAGAUGCCAGUCGAGUUUUCGAUUGCUGGACCGUACUGUUCUGCGCCGUGCCUACCCAUCUCGUUUUCAUCAUCCGACAUGACAACGACUUGUCAACAAGAGCCGUUGCAGACAUGA